AUGCACAGCCUCGAUAGCGUCCCCGACUUUCUUCUUGGCUUCCUCCACCGCAGCUGUCUGCUGCGUCACGAUGCUGGCGAGGGCAUCGUGCCGGUCUUGCGCAUCCUGGACAUCUUCGGGGCUCGCUUGGAUCGAUGUAUCAGCCGUACUGAAAUGCUUAAACCACAGCGAGAAGAGCUCCCAUCGGCGGUGUAUCAAGGACCUCAAGCUCGCCUCCAAGUCCCCAUGCCCGGAAGUGGGAAAGAAAACAGUCAAGACGGCGAUGACGCGACAGGUGCAUUCCUGACCGCCUAUUUUGAUCAAGAUUCGGUCGAUGCUUUGGCCAAGAUUCUGGAUGGUAUCAAGAUACGCUCGCUCGGUGCAGAAUACGGCAAAUCCAGCGAUGGAUCCUCUUUCGUCUUGAAGGGUGUCCUUGGGCUGGGGCCGGUAGAUCUCUCGCUCAACUUCACGAAUGAUAAUCACAAGCCUCCGCCCAGGAAAGAUGACAAGACGACAAAGGACAAGAAACCCGCAGGCCAAGAAGUGCGAAUCAGCAAACCUGAUGCAGUGACCCUCGGAGACCUGAUUGGAGGCGUCAUGGGCAAUGACUCCAAAGAAUUGCUGCCACCUUUCGUGAACAACAUUCAGUUCAAAAGACCUAAGUCGCAAAAUCAGCUAUCCGUGAUCUUCGAAAAGCUUCUCCCAGAACAAAAGGAUGAAGCGGAUUCGGCAGCUGGGAAAGACCAUGCCCCCUUGCCCGCACAUUUUGUCUUCUCUAAGAUCCUCAACGUCUUUGGCUUCUCCUUUUCUUACACCCAAUGCCGAGAAAGCUCUGUCGCCACCGCUUCAUCUUCUGAGAAAGCGAAGCCAGCUCCCAAGCCAACCAAGCGAAUCGUGUCAGCUUCCCUCAACGACAUCCCAGACAUAGAUAUUCCCCUUAUCGGGGCUGUGCCGAAACCAGUCGAUCAGAUUCUGUAUCUCUGGGUUCAAGACACCAGCGAAACAACUGAGCCGAAAGCCACAGAUGACAAAAACCAAAAGGCCACGCUCAAGAGCUUGACAUAUGGAGAGGUUCAAGCCAUCAACAAGGUUCGUGGGUUCAAGGCCGCACCCCUUGUUUUCAAGAAAACACAGCAGGGGAAACUGGAGGACAGCACCGUCGUCCUGGCAGCUGGUCACCAUUUCCACCUCAUCGCCAGCCUCCCCGCAGAAGCCAGUUUCUGGAAAGGACUCAGAUACCCCUGUCCAUCAACACCUGCUCCCAACGACGACGCAAACGCCAAACCUCCUGGCCUGGCCCCUUACAAGAAGUCAGCCGGCCCCCUGUCCAUUUCCAACAUUGGCUUCGGCUGGAAAGGCACUCUGAAAGAUGGCGCUCUGUCCAUUGUAUUCGAAGCUUCCGUCCUCGUCGGACCCAUCGGGUUUGCGCUUCUAGUGUUCAAGCUGGAAUUUCCCAUCGCCGAAAUGACCAGCCUCCAGAAACUUCCAGCCCCCAAAGUAACCGUCGACAGCCUCGCAGCUUCCUUCAGCAAGCCUCCUUUGACCAUCUCCGGUGCUUUCAUGCACAAGGUCGUCGAGGGCAACGACAUGUACGCGGUAGCUCUCCUCAUCGGCUACAAUGUCUACCUCUUCGAAGCGGCUGGCUUCUACGGCGAAAUGACUGAUCCCGCUACCGACAGGAGGUUCAAGUCCGCAUUCAUGUUCUGUCGAGUCAACGGGCCUCUCAUGCCCGUUGGCUGGGCCGAACUGUCAGGCCCGGUGGUAGGACUUGGCUACAACUCCAGUAUACGGAUGCCCAGCGCUGCCGAGAUUCCAACCUUCCACUUCACCGCCGAGGGGGGUGUUUCCGUCGGGGUGGAGUGCGUCAUCGACUUCCGCAUUGCUUCCAUCACCGUCGGGGCCACGCUGGGGGCAACCUUGUAUCUUGAAGGUCCUCCGCUGAGCGGCCGCAUCACAGUCGACUUUUGGGUGACGACGUUCGAUGUCAACUUUGGAACCUCGCCAGACCCUGCUCCCGAGUUGAGCCUGGGCGAGUUCUUCCAGCUGGUGCUCCAGGGCGGUCAGACGCAGGGUAUGCCGGGGGCGACCGGUGGCAAUACCAACAGACGGGAAACCCGGAGCAGAACUACACAUCUUCUCCUGCCAAUCGGGACUCGUGCCCACCGGCAAGCAGGAGACUCACCCGGACGCUCCUUGGGUGGCUCGAGGAGCAUCAUUCGCGUUUAA